AUGGCCAGCGACUGCUCGAGCAAACGCUCUCUUUCGCCUGAGUAUGACGAGCCUCCCCAGCUCGAGGGCUUCGAUUGGCGCUCCAUUGACCCCUCGCUCCAACCAGGCAAUCCCUACUUCGACUCUCUGAACCCUCCACCGCUCUCCUUGCACGGCAGGGCAUUCUACGACAACGUACCAUUUCCGGAUACUCUCCUCACUAGGGACGCGCUGCGUGAACUGAAUCGCCAGUAUUGGGAGCACUACGACUGCGCCCGCGCAAACCACCAGCCUUCCAGAAACAGCGGACUUCCCACUCCCACCGACACAGCCGCCGAGGAAGACUUUGUGGGCAGCGAGCUCAGCACUUCUGGCUAUGACGAAAGUUGCAUCGAGAUGGGUCCAAAGGGCCGUCCCAAGAAGGCUUCACAGGCGUCGACGUCAAGAGCGACAGAUAAGUCUUCGCCUUACGACGUCAACUUCGAAAUGAAGCUCAGGAGGUCUAAUAUUUUCGCCCCAUUAUACGUUGACUCUAAGGGAAAUUUCGCCGAGAAGGCGGCCGACUUAGACGCAGUCAUCACCAGACUGAAACAGUCCCGACACGAUAUGGGGGGUGUCACCGAAGACACACUCAGAGCAAUCACUAGAAUGGUCAGUAUGACCGAGAAGGAGAUCUGUGAAAAUGGUACCCUCUACGAGAUUCUAGCCACAGACGUCUCUCCGGGAGUCUGCGGUAACGAUCACUUGUUCAACAACUUGCUCUCCUUGACAAAGAAGAACGACCAGGUGACGUAUGCAAAACCGGACUAUUACAUUGGUACCCAUCCCGAUCACGUCGAUGAGCAGGUGUACCGAGACUUGGGUCAAUUCAUCCAGCCUUGCACAGAUGAUCGGCGCCCAGUCGCCCCCAAUUUUUUCGUUGAGGUCAAAAGUAUGUCCGGCAACCUAGAUGCUGCCUUUCGACAGGCUACCUAUGACGGCGCGUUGGGUGCUCGAGCUGUCCACGAACUCGAGAAUCAUCUCAACUACGGCGGACCUACCUUUGACCAGAAAAUUAAGGCAAUUAGUUGCAUAUUCCAUGCUGGGGUCCUUUAUUUUCUUGGAUCGCAUUGCAGCCCUCGCGGCCCAACUGGGCAAGACUCUAUCAUCACCCAUCGCCUCUGCCGGUUCCUUCUGGACGACCUGCAAGGCUGCAAGGACGGCAUCGCCGCUUUCAGGAAUGCCGUCGAGCUCACUGGUAAGGUUCGAGAUGCAGCCCUUGAGAGAGCGAUCAGCCGGCCCAGGCUCAGUGGAGAAGCCAGUGACGGCUCUACCUCUACUGAUGAGCUCCAGCGCCACGAAAACAUCUAA